AUAAGACGGGAGGCAGCGAGGGACGGAGAGAGCACCAAAACUUAAACGAUCCUUCUCGUUCCACUCUGAAGUAAACAGGCAGCCGCUGUGGCAAUGGGGAGGAGCUGGAUCGCCGCCGGCAAGUUCCUCUUGCUCGAUUACACCGAGCUCGCGGUGUCGUUCUCCUUCUUUUUCUUCUUUGGCUGGUUCGCCCGCCUCUUCAGGCGGGGGCGGCGCGACCGGAUGCCACUGAACUGGCCUGUCGUCGGCAUGCUCCCCGGUGCGCUCCUCAACCUCCACCGCGUCCACGACUGGGCGGUUAAGCUCCACCGCCGCGUCGGCUACACCUUCUGGUUCCGGGGACCCUGGUUCUUGGGCAUGGACUACCUCUGCACCGCCGACCCCGCCAACGUCCACCACAUCUUCGGCCUCAACUUCUCCAACUACCCCAAGGGCUCGGAGUUUGCGGAGAUCUUCGACAUCCUCGGCGACGGCAUCUUCAACUCCGACGGCGAGGCUUGGAAGGCGCAGCGCAGCCGCGCGCACGCCGUCGUGUCGAGCCGCCCGUUCCGCGCCUUCGUCGCCGACUCGAUCCGGGACAAGGUGGCCGCCGACCUCCUUCCUCUCGCCGCCGGCUUCGCCGAGCGCGGCGCCGUCUUGGACCUGCAGGACUUCUUCCUGCGGCUGACCUUCGACGCGACGUGCACCUUUGUGUUCGGCGUCGACCCGCGCUGCCUCUCCGCCGGGUUCCCGACGGUCCCCUUCGCGCGGGCGAUCGACGACGCCAUGGGCGCCAUCUUCCUCCGCCACGCCGCCCCGCGGGCGUGGUGGAAGCUCAUGAAGCGCCUGAACGUCGGGGAAGAGAAGAAGCUCGCCGCCGCUCGCGAGGAAAUCGAUCGUUUCAUCAAUCAAACUUUAACGGAAAAAAGGAUCGACAAGGGCAGCAUGAAUCUCGCCGAGAAAGCUGAUCUGCUCUCAUCGUACAUCAUCAACAGCAAUAUUAAUGAAGGCGACGGCGGUGACUCCGACGACUGGACGUCGACGAAGUUCCUAAGGGACACGGCGCUCAAUUUCAUGCUCGCCGGAAGGGACACGACGGGCACGGCGAUCACGUGGUUCUUCUGGAUGCUGUCGGAGAACCCCGAGGUGGAAUCCAAGAUUCUCGAGGAACUGAAGGAGUUGCGCCGGAGCUCCGACGACGACGACGACGACGACGACUUGGUCGUGUUCGACGCCGAGGAGGUGGGGAAACUGGUGUACCUGCACGCGGCGCUGUGCGAGACGCUGAGGCUCUAUCCGUCCGUGCCGUUCGAGCACAAGUCGGCGCUGCGCGACGACGUGCUGCCCAGCGGCCACAAGGUGGCUGCCGGGACGAAGGUGCUGCUGUCAGCGUAUACCCUGGGGAGGCUGGAGGGAGUGUGGGGCGAGGACAGCGCGGAGUUCCGGCCGGAGCGGUGGAUCUCGGAGAAGGGGAAGGUGAAGCACGAGCCGACUUACAAGUUCUUAUCGUUCAACUCGGGCGCCAGGACGUGCCUGGGGAAGGAGGUGGCGUUCGUGCAGAUGAAGACGGUGGCGGCGGCCAUGGUGUACAACUUCCAGGUGCAGGUGGUGGAGGGCGCCGCCGCCGGCCAGCCCAAGCUCUCCAUCAUUCUGCAGAUGAAGGGUGGACUGCCGGUGAAGCUCAAGAGGAGGACAAUGAAUUAAUAGAAAUCGUCGAAUAUGGAGGAAGAUAAAUAUAUAUAUAGCUGAAAGUGCAUGAUCGGAACGCUAAUUUAUUGAUCGUAUUUAAGGAUUGGCAAGAUUGUGGAAGUAUAAUUACUACUACGUACAAUCAAAAAAAUGUAAUGUGUGUUAAUUAAUAUUUAAGCUUCAUGUAUGUGUAUGGUAAUAUUGUUUUUAAAAUAAAAUAAUCAAGAUAUAUACAUCGAGGACA